UACAAAUUUAAAAAGUUGAGUAUAUUCAAAAUGAAUCUUCAAAACCUAUCUCAUUACUUUAUUUUUUUAAACCAUCUUCAAGAGUUGGAUAAGAGUUUGGAUAAGAAAAAAAUGUUAUUAUUAAAUAAUCUAAAAAAUAAUAGAGUCCGUAUUACAAACUUCAUGUUAGUUACAAGUUUGUACAAUGACUUUGACUUUAAAAGUCAUUUUAGACUUAACAGGAAUUCAGUCGAGGUGUUAAUGUGUAAAGUUAGACCAUUUUAUAUUUCAGUUGAUAAAAUAGGAAGGCCUAAGAUUGACUUUGAAAAGGCAACAUUAAUGACCAUAUGGUAUAUGAGUAAUACUGAGACGUUUCGGUAA